AUGCAACUGGCGAUCGAGGUCGACACCCAGGGGAAGGUCAUCGUGCUGACCACCACCCGCGAGCAUGCCGAGCUGAAGCGAGACCAGAUUCACGCUUUCGGCAAAGACGACCUGAUUGCCCAUUGUGCCGGCUCGAUGCGUACCGUUCUCCGAUUCGAUUUACCCGACAUGCCGCAAACCAAGCUACGGACGGUGACCCUAGGCUGCAAAGUCAACCAGUACGAGACCGAGUACGUCCGUCAGGGGUUGACCAGUGCAGGGUAUCGCGAUGCAGGGCCCGAUGAGCCGGCCGACCUGUGCAUUGUGAACACCUGCACGGUCACUUCCGAAGGCGAUGCGAAGAGCCGCCAGACGAUUCGUCGGCUGGGGCGUCGCAACCCCGAUGCGCGGAUCAUCGUGAUGGGCUGUUACGCCACCCGGGCUCCCGAGGAAGUGGCCUCGUUGCCGGGCGUGGUGGAAGUGGUCAAGGACAAGCGGGAAUUGCCCGACUUGUUGGGCCGCAUGGGCGUGGUCGAUGUGCCCACCGGCAUCAGCGAGUUCGGGAAUCGACAUCGCGCGUUCGUGAAAGUGCAAGACGGCUGCAUCUUGCGAUGUAGCUUCUGCAUCAUCCCUUCGGUACGCCCCGGGCUGACGAGUCGCCCGACCGAGGACAUUGUGCAAGAGGUGCAACGACUCGUGGAGCACGGACAUCGCGAAGUGGUGCUCACUGGAAUCCACCUGGGCCACUACGGUGUUGAUUUGAACAAGGGCAAGCCAAAGCAGGAUUGGGUGCGACUGGCACAGUUGCUCGAGCGGUUGGCCCAGCUUGACGGCAACUUUCGCAUUCGCCUUUCCAGCAUCGAAGCCACCGAGCUGACGCGGGACUUACUGGCGGUGAUGGCGCGACAUCCCGAGCGGAUCUGUCCGCACUUGCACGUUUCGAUGCAGAGCGGCUCCGACGCGGUGCUGCGACGGAUGCGUCGACGUUGGGGGAGCCGGCGGUUUGUUGAUCGGUGUUUGCUCGCCCGAGAGAUGAUCGAUCGGUUGGCGAUCACCACCGACAUCAUCGUGGGAUUUCCCGGUGAGACGGAGGCUGAGUUUGAAGCGACCUGUCGUGUAUCGGAAGAGGUGAACUUCUCCAAGAUCCACAUCUUCCCCUUCAGCCCCCGUCGCACCACGCCGGCAGCCACGAUGGAAGACCAGGUUGACCCCGCGGUGAAAGCCGAACGUGCGCGGCGUUUGGCCGAACUCGAACAGCAACUUCAACAGCGGUACUUCGCCAGCUUGGAAGGCAUGAACUUGCGAGUGCUGGUCGAGUCACCCGUCGAAGAUCGGCCCGGCUGGGCAGUUGGAACUUCUUGUCGCUACGCCCCGGUGGAAAUCCCGGAUGUUGAAGUCGGCCAGUUCGUCGAUGUCGUCGCCGGCCCCAUCGCAAACCAACGCAUCCAAGCCGCCGAGUUGGGUUUUGUUAGUAUCCCGCCCUCACUCGUCGAUGGCUGCCGUUCGGUGGCCGGAGAACUGCUUUUCGAAACCAAUUCCCUUUUCGGUCCUGGACCUCCGCUGAUGCUGCGGCUGGUGGAGCUUUCGCACAUGCAAUCAGUCGUCGUUCGACGUACCGUCUUCGCCAUGGUUUUGCUCGGUCUCUUUUGCACGAGCGUUUCUGCGGCACCCGUGUGGCAGCGACUUAGCCUGUUUCGCCAUAUCGAUGCGGAAGAGGGUAAGGAUUAUCCGCUGACCGAGGAGUGCGGUCCCUGGCUGAUUCUUGCUGUCACCUUCUUGGGUGAGAACGCUGAACAGCAGGCGAAAGAUUUGGUGUACGAGAUUCGCAAAGAGUACAAGCUUCCGGCUUACACCCAUGCGAUGAACUUCGAUUUUAGCCAAGGUGUGCAGGGCCGCACGGUGAAUCAAUACGGAAAGCCGGCCACGAUGAAAUACCGUCGUGGCAAGAACUACGAAGAGAUCGCCGUGCUGGUGGGUGACUUCCCUGCGGUCGACGAUGUGGAUGCUCAAAAGCUAUUGAAAGACUUGAAGCUAUGGGAUCCCGAAACCAUGCAGCCCAGCAAGGACGACCCCUCGGCCCAACCGCUGGGGCGUUAUCGCGAGGUGCAGAAGCAAGUACUCUCGGCCAUCGACGAGUACAAACGCGAUAUGGGAAUGAAGACGAGUAAGACGGCCCGCGAACGAUUGCGGCACGGUCCUUUGUCUCAUGCCUUCAUCACGACGAACCCGUUGUUGCCGCGGGAGUAUUUCGUUCCCUCAGGGGUCGAUCCCCUGGUGGUGCGCAUGAACGAACAAGUGGAGCACAGCCUGCUCGACUGCCCUGGGCAGUACACCGUGCAGGUGGCCACGUUCAAAGGUGAAGUGGUGGUCGAUCCUAAGGAGAUUGCCGCCGUGGAAAGCGGAGUUCAAGAGCUGAACUCCGGUUUGGCCGAAGCGGCUCAAAAGGCCCACGACCUGACCGAGGCCCUAAUUGCCAAGGGAUAUCAGGCCUAUGAGUUCCACGAUCGCUACAUGAGCAUCGUUACGGUGGGCAGCUUCAACUCGGUGGGAACACCCCGGGCCGACGGGAAGAUCGAGAUCAAUCCUCAGAUCCACCGCAUCAUGGAAACCUUUGGUGGCAAACAGACCGGCGGCGCGGUUUCUCCCAAGACAAUUGCCGGAGUUGCGCUCGACGUGCAGCCGGUUCCCGUCAAGGCUUUUCCGGAUUCGAUCGAGGUCGAGGAGACAGGGACCACGUUCGCGGAGAAUGCCGCCCUGAAGGCCAGCGGGCAGGCCAAACAUCUGGGGCAGUGGGUGCUGGGUGAAGACAGUGGAUUGGUGGUCGAUGCGUUGAAAGGGGCCCCCGGCGUCUAUUCGGCCCGAUAUUCAGGCCCCAACGCCACCGACGAAGAAAACAACCAGCAUCUCCUGGCCGAGCUGGGCGACACCCCGCUGGAGCGACGCACGGCCCACUACGUGUGUCAUGCCGCGCUGUCGAAUCCCGCCGGUGAGAUCGUGGCCACCCGGGAAGCGUACUGCAAUGGUCGAAUUCGUUUCGAAGAGGCCGGCACUGGGGGCUUCGGCUACGAUCCGCUGUUCGAGAUCGUGGAAUACCACCGCACCUUCGGUGAGUUGGGCCCGAAGGUGAAGGCCUGCCUCAGCCACCGCUCACGUGCGAUUCGGCAGAUCGUGCCGGAGAUCGUUCGAUUGUUGCGAGCGGGUACCGCCGCCGAGUGA